AUGGCUGGGGGGAAUCAGACGACAGUGAGCGAAUUCAUCCUUUUGGGAUUCACAGGUGACCUGACAACCCAAGUCGCCCUCUUUGUGGUGUUCCUAGGUAUCUACCUCAUCACCCUUGUUGGGAACCUUGGGAUGAUCGCCUUGAUCCAUCUCGACUCCCGCCUUCACACCCCCAUGUACUUUUUCCUCGGUAACUUGUCCUUCUCAGAUCUCUGCUAUUCUACUGUUGUCGUUCCCAAGACACUGGCCAACUUCUUGGCUGAGAAGAAAGCCAUUUCGUUCAUUGGCUGUGCCACUCAGUUCUAUUUCUAUGCUGUGUUUGCCACUGUGGAGUGCCUCCUACUGGCUGCCAUGGCCUAUGACCGCUACGCGGCCAUCUGUAACCCACUCCUAUACCCAGUUGUUAUGUCCCAGAAGGUCUGCAUCUGGCUGGUGGUGGCUUCCUACCUAGUGGGCUGCACCAAUGGUCUGAUACACACAAACACUACCUUCCGCCUCCCCUUCUGUGCCUCCAACGUCAUUGACCAUUUCUUCUGUGAUGUGCCCUUGAUACUGAAGCUCUCCUGCUCUGACACCCUGGUCAACCAAGUCCUGCUCUUCGUCAUCUCCUCCUUGAUUGGCCUUUUCUCUUUCCUCACCAUCUUUGUCUCCUACGUGUACAUCCUGGUCAACAUCUUGCGGAUCCACACCGCCGAGGGCAGGCACAAGGCCUUCUCCACCUGCGCCUCCCACCUGAUGGCCGUCACUCUGUUCUACACCACCAUCCUCUUCAUCUACCUGAGGCCCAGCUCCAGCUACUCCAAGGGCAAGACCAAGUGGCGGCUGUCUUCUACACCGUGGUGA